AUGGGCGAGCGAGGGGCAGCGCAUGCCUUUAUCGGCCGCUGGCUGGCAAUCCGACUCCUUCGUUUCCUCUCGCCAGCUAACGACCGAAUAUCCAAACUGUUCUUGCUCUUGUCUUUCACAGAAACCACCGAGCGCGCACACGCAUGUCUUGCGCCCCAAUUGCUGCCUGCUUCGAAGUCUGGUUCUGCCUUCGUUCCUGACGGUUCAGGCACCCGCCCCGUUAUCUCGCGAUCUUAUCGCAUCUUUGCGACCGCCAUUCCCCAGCGUCGCAUACAUACCCUCUCGACAGCAUCACAGGCUGUAUCCCUGAUUCUGCGUUCAUACCCGCGACAUCCUAAGGCACUCGCACACCACGGCGAGCGCAUGCAUGAGCGUUCGCCCUCACCGCAAUCCACCAUGGCCAUGGAUGAAGAGAUGGACGCCCUCUUCGAUGACCACCCGUCGCUGUCCGCGUCGCUAGAAGACUUUGCCGCUUCCAACAGACGCUCGCCGCUCCUUGACUUGCCCUCGCAGCAUUCAGGCUUCCGAUCCGAAGACUCCGACGAUGGCCGAUAUGCUCCUCAAGAAGGGCGAUGGUCGCCGCCCGCGCUCAGACGGCCGGACUCGCUGGCUGGAAGCCAUUGGUAUCGCCAUUCGCCCUACGGCCAUCUUCAUAUGAAACCGACCUUGCAGCCGACCAGCGCACCGCACUCCCGCGAGGUCAGUCCUCAGUAUGAAGAUGCCCACGAGGUCCCCGCUCCGCCUUCUCCUCCUCCCCUGCAGCGCAAAAGCCCAGUCAACGAUCUGCCCGAUGUCACAUUUGCAGCCAGUGUGCCCCUGCCGCCAGGCACAGAUUCGCCUCCCAAGGGGCGAUCGGUUUCUCCAGAGCCCCCCAAAGAGAAGCAACUUCUUCACCUGGAACCAAGCGAUGAACCACUUUCAAAUUAUGUACGCUUCAGAGUGUCUGCAGAAGUGGCCCAAAGAGAGCCUAUACAGGCUGCUUGGAAUGCGGUUCGUAUUCCGUUUGAGCGACUCAGUGAUACCAUGUUUGGCUCCAAAACGAGCACACUUAUUACAAUCCUGAUCACAUGCCUGGCAAUGAUUUUCAUGCGCUCCUUAUCUAUACCCGCGGGACCCCCAACGAUGCCCAAUCUGGUGAAGCUAUGUGCCUUUGCUCGCAACUUUGAGCCUUUGAUUCACUACUCCGAGAAUGGCGUGCAACACAUAAACAACCUACAGGAAACAGGCAUUGCGGUCUGGGAUCUGGGUGAAUCGGUCAGAGGUAGCAACAUGACAAGCGCGCCUAUUAUCGUCACGCAAUUGGACGAGUUGUCUGAGUCUCUGAAGACUCUUUCCCUCGAACUGACCCGAUUCUUCUCAAAUGUCGACUCUGAUAUAGACUCAAUUCUCUUAGUCAUGGACUGGGUAAGACGGGAGCUCACCGUGAUACACUCGCAGCCGCCGAGUAGUCUGCCAAGCGUCAUGAUUGACAACAUCCACAACAUGAUAUCCCAAGUUGUCAGGCUAGAGCACGGAAACGUGCCAACCAUCAUCGAUGGUGAAGCGUCGGCAGCAGCAGCCGGCAGCCAAUUCCCCGGUGCGCCCACGCUGCUAGGCACAGUGGUAACGACGCUAUUCGGCGCGACAUCAGCGCAACGCACGCGCGCAGCAUUAACGCGCACCUUCACUGAAUUCCUCAACGUGCUUGAGGAGUCCAUAAACAGCCAACUCACGCACUCCACCGCGCUAGUCGGACUCUUUGAGGCCAUCGACCGGCAGUUCCUGAACCUGCAACGCGUCGUCGUGCGCGAAUCCGACACCCAAGAAAGAGAAGAAGGCGAAAUGCUCAGCUCCCUCUGGACGCGAGUCCUGGGACCCAACGCCGCGCUAGUCCGCAAGUACGAGAAGAACCGCAAGUUGCUGGCCGACGUCCGCCGUCGAACAGUAAACAACAAACACCAACUCAUGGACCAUCAGGCGCGCCUGCUGAACCUGAAGGUUAGCCUGGAGACGCUGCGUCGGAAGCUAGUGAGCCCCUUGGUCCGGCAGAAGAACGAUUCGUACAUGUCCGUCAGCAGCGCGAUUGAUACUACGAAUAGUGUCCUCGGAGCUAUUGAGGGUCAGAUCGAGGGUGUCGAAGAUACGUACGAGUUUCUUCGAGGAAGACGCGAGACUCAAAAGGCAAAGUAUAUGGAUAUGGUGUACGGCGCAAGCAGUGGCAAUAAUAAUAAAUACCUUGGUCUGGAGGAGACAGAGGACUAA